AACCACACGCCGCAUCGAAGUCAAUGUAGAAAGACCGACGGCCGGAGUAGAACGAGAUGAACUCGAUUACGGCAACGAUGACCCCGUUUAUAAUAUCAUGUUCCUCCCAGGAUUUAACGGAGAACUAAUUGUGUCUGAAGCAGCGGGACGAGUCGUCUGCUGGGAGGUGCCUUUAUCCGGUUCCAAUGCUUUUCUUUUAGCAGAACGUAGCAUUCCUCCAAAUCAUACCUUGAUGAAAAUCAUGACCAAUACUGACAGCGCAAAUGAGGCUGUCUUGGCUGUCAUGUAUAGACCUGCUACGGCUGAUCUUACGAUUAUCAUCGAGUUGUGGGGUUUAGACAGGUUCCACGGAGCUUUCACAGUUCUCAGGUGUGAGAACAUCCCGAACGGCAGCUCAUCAUCAAUGAGCCAUUUCACUGGUGAUUGGAUCAUCAUGGGCCAUCCUGUCUCAAUGUGGAACUGGAAACGGAAGGGUCAAAACUUCACCUUGAAUAAUUCCAUUCAAAACAAUACUAGGGCUUUAUACCCUAUAGCCAUCAGGAGGAUUCGCAAUCACCUCCUCAUCGUCCGCCAAAACCACAUUCAACUGCUGCCAUUACCGAGCCUCGAUGGAACUGUCUCAACGAAACCAGAUUAUGGAGGUGGGACCAUUCUGCUUCCGGCCCCAAUUUGUGAUGCAACCAUCGUCACAAAACCUCUCACCGGCGAUGAGCGGGAUCUUUGGCAAUUCGAUCCUACUACAGUCCUUGUGCGCAUGUAUCACCAAGAAGUUGAUUCAGUCUACAAGUAUGACCUCUUCCCGGUCCCCGUCGAUGCGCCUGCGCCCCCGUCAGGAUACGAGGACGUUCACUUUCCCAAGUCAUUGCCAUGCAGUCUCUCUUCUGGCCCAUCGGAGAUCAUUCCAGUCGUGCAGUCGUGCAAGAAAUUAACCGCUGGGCACAACGGGAAGGGGUAUUGGCUUGAGAAUAGAAAUGUGACACGGGGCAGGAAUACGUUUCAUGCGCUGUGUUUUGUAGGGUUCCAGGUGAAGAGUCGCUUUGAGCCUUCCAGCACGACCCCGUUGGAUCUUGGAGCAGGGUGCUGGAGGCAAGAGAUGGUGGUCACGAAGAAGGAGGUCUAUGCGUCGAGAGUUGGGAUGGGUGAAAUAUUGGGCAUGAGGUACCGAAUUUUGUCUUCUGCGCUGGAGGAUACGGUAGGGCGGCUUGCCAUUGGGCGCCGGGAUGGCAGAAUUGAGAUCGUCGACUUCGCUUGAUUAUCCCC